AACCUCUGCUUGUUUACAUGUCAGCUAUUACAUAAAUGCACUGUGCAUACAGCAUCCCAUCAUUUAUGCCUCGUUUAGCUACAAACGGCUUCAACUUCCACCAAGUGAUCAGUUUAACUUUGGAGCCAAUGAUUAGAUUUGAACUGAAAAAUCUCUAUUAGAUUUAGUGGCUUAAUAGCACUAAUGUUGAAAAGGUCAGAUGAUUCUAAACGUGUCCUUCCAUCAUGGCAGCUGCAGAGUCCUGCUCUAAACUAAAACAUGUUUGGCAGGAAAGAAAUGAACCCACUGUUUUAUCUGUUUUAUCCAGUUAUUCUGUCCUUUCUGCAUUAAAGUCUAACAAGGUUUCAGUCAUUAAACUGGUAUUUUAAUCCUCCUGGUGUCUCGGUCUCGUCUCUUCAGCACAGACUGUCUUCCUGUUCUCGAGUCAUGUUUCAUGGAUUUAUGCAUCUUUAGUUCCUGCCCUGCAGCUUCUUUCGUUCUGUCUUUCACUCAGUAACUAAAGUUUAUUUUUGUUUUUCAUCCGACCGUGCCUCCAUGCUUGUGUCCUCUCUUAACCCGUCUCAGGCUGAAGAUCUGUCCUACUUUCAUGAUGAAUGUGAGCAAGCUUCUGCAGUCCUGCCAGUUUAAGGUCCUGCAGCAGCGUAGUUAGAUUUAAGCUUGACCUUUGAGUUCUUCUGGGGAGGAUUUUCCUGCAUAACCCAGGUGCACCAGCAUGUCUGACUGUUGGUGUGAUGUAUUUUUUCUGAGAUGCAGCACUAGUUUUAAACCUGAUCUAACGGGACGCCCACCGUCUAACUGUUUCACUUUGGUUUUGUCAGUCAGCAGAAUCUUUUACCCAACAUUUUGGGAUCAUUGAGAUGUUUUCUGGCAAAUGUUUCAUGUUGUUGGAACAUGACCUCUGACCUUUACCUGAACCAAGUGAGACCUGCAGAGCUUCAGAUGUUGUUCUGAGCUAUUUUGUUAUUGAAGUUCUAUAAAACGGGGCAUUUAUGUUGCUUUUUGAGAUCUUUUCGCUAGGAGUGAUUUCAGGUGUGGCAGCUAUCAGGCCUCAGAGCGACUAGUGAAACUAAUGAUAGCUAGAUAGAUAAUGUGGUUAAUCACAGCUAAAUCUUUAUUUACCAGAGCGGCUAUUAGGUUUUCACACAGGGCCAAGUUGGUGUGGAAAGAUGUUUUUAUCCUUUAAGAAAUAAAACCAAUAUUUUAAAUGCAUUUCGUGUUUAAUCAGGUUAUUGUUGAUAUUUAAAUGAGUUUGCUGAUCUGAAAAAUGUAUUCUGACCAGAAAAAAGCCAAAACAGAAGAAUUCUGUUGGAGAGCAAAACUCUUCCCACUAAUGUACAAACACAAACACGAAGGAGGUCACGGUUUGAUCCUGCAGGUUUUCCAACCAUCCAUGGACGAGAACGAGUCCUUGAUGGUUCCCACCGAGUCGCUGCUGUAGCUGAGAGUCCGGUCACCACCAGCUGCUGAUGCCUGGGAAGCUGUUGUGCUCGGAUGAGUGAUUUGCAUGAUAAAUAUUAGCACAGACGCAGCGGGGAACAUUCCUGACAUGCAUUUCAACACGUUCAUAAUGAGGGGAGUUUAAAAGCUGCUGAUGGGAGAUGGUUACUUUGCAGCAACUUGUUAUGAGAGCAGGAGAAACGGAGGAGGAAGCAGAAACCGACAGAAAUACAGUCAGGAGAAAUAUUUUACACGUUCUAAAAGAAUCUGGAGUAUUUCAGGAAAUAAAAGACUAAAUAAAUCAUGUAAAAUUUGUUCAGUCAGCCAUUAAAGAGUUCACCGAUCAUUUUAUUGGACACAUAAUUAAAUCUUUAUUAAAAGAGUCUGAGUCAUCAGUGUUCUUGAUCAGACAGCUAAAGCUCGUCCUAAGAGUCCCACACAACUCAGCAUCCUUCUCAGAGGCUCGCUGCCCUUUAACAGAGCCUUCAUCUGUUUAUUCAGCGCUCACGUCGCCUGUGGUGGGGUUUAAUCCUAAUCCACUUGCAUCUGGUUUUCAGUAGGUGAUCAAAGGAGCCUUCAGCUGGUGUGUGUUUCUGACGGUGGAGUAGCUGCUGAGAGUUACGAUAUUACAACUAUCCACCCUGCAGAGGAAACCGACACAUAAAGCUGGAUUUUUGACAUUAUUGCUGCAAUGAUGCAUCCUGGGAAUUCCUGAUAUCAUGAGCAGAUGCCUUUAAGGUGCUGAGGAAACACGGAGGUGGAGAUGUAGCAGAGAAAACAACAAAAGGGUCAUGGGAUGUGGCAUGGGAAAAUCAAGACCUCUACAGGAGAAGUGUGACAGAGCAAUCAGAGCAGCUCUGCUGAUCCAGCGCUGGUACCGUCAGUAUGUUGCCCGGCUGGAGAUCAGACGCAGGUGCACGUGGAACAUCUUCCAGUCUAUUGAAUAUGCAGGAGAACAGGAUCAGAUAAAGCUGUACAACUUUUUUGGCUUCUUGAUGGACCAUUUCACUCCAGCCAGCAGUGAAAGAAAUCUUAUAUCUCACAUCUUUCGUGAGAAUGAGAUCUGCCAUGAGACGGAAUGGGAGAAAUAUUUUUGCUACAAGGGCGUUGAGGUGCCCGACAGCUACAAUGGACCUCACCUGACCUUCCCCAUGAGCUUCUGUGGAGUGUCAAAACUCAUGGAGGCCUUUAGACACAAACAACAGCUCCAUGCUCGGUAUGUUCUUCAGAUUCUUGGAGAAACUUGGAGACUCUUACGAAAUCUCCCUAACAUUAAUCACAUCUCUGUCUGCCAUACCAAGGAGAUUACUAUUUGUGGAGACUUGCACGGGCAACUUGAAGAUCUGCUGUUAAUAUUCUAUAAGAACGGGCUACCUUCCAGUGAGAAACCGUACAUCUUCAAUGGAGACUUUGUGGAUCGAGGCAAGAACUCCUUGGAGAUUCUGCUCAUCCUGUUUGGGUUCCUGCUGGUUUACCCCAAUGACGUGCAUCUGAACCGAGGGAACCACGAGGACCACAUUGUUAACCUGAGAUAUGGUUUCACUAAAGAAGUCCUCGGAAAGUACAGGUUUCAUGGCAAGAAGAUUUUAAAGCUUCUCCAAAAGAUCUUCAGCUGGCUUCCUCUGGCCGCAGUGAUCGAUCACAAGGUCCUGGUGGUUCAUGGAGGGAUCUCCAACUCAACAAACCUCCAUAUUGUUUCCAGAAUAGACAGGCACAAAUAUGUGUCAGUCUUACGGCCUCCUAAGAUGACCCACCAACGCAACAGCGGGAAUGGAGAUAUUGAUGGACCAAUGGAAGGCCGUCGACGAGUGCGUUCUCUGACCAACCACAGCUCUGCGCCGGCUCACAGGAACAACUUCCAUCGGCGUUCCCUUCACAACCUGUCUGUGGGGAAUUAUUUGAGCUGCUCGGUGGAGGAUGAGCUGAAGAAGAGGCGUCGGCUGGCUGGGUUUGACCAGUCCUACGGAGAGAUGAAGACAUCAGACUCUGACUCUGACCCAGAGUUUAGAGAACGGACAGAAAUAUAUGGGCGUGAGUGGAAACAAAUUGUGGACCUGCUGUGGAGUGAUCCAAUGCCACAAAAGGGCUGCGUUCCCAAUGAGGUGCGAGGAGGGGGCUGCUACUGGGGUCCCGACGUUACUGAGGAGGUGUUGGGAAGACACAGCCUCCAGCUCCUCAUCCGCUCCCAUGAGUGCAAACAGGACGGUUACGAGUUCUGCCACAAUCGCAAAGUGUUGACCAUAUUCUCAGCCUCUAACUACUACGAGGUGGGCAGCAACAGAGGGGCCUACAUCAGAAUGGGCCCUGACCUGGUUCCUCGCUGCAUUCAGUAUCAGGCCAGCAGGACAAGCAGAGAGCUCACCCUGAGACAAAGUGUUGGGCGGACAGAAAGAUCAGCCCUGCAAGCUCUGAAGGAGCAGCUGUUCGUACACAAGUCAGAUCUGAUCAGGGCCUUCCAGGAGUUUGAUCCUGACAACAUGGGGCUGAUCUCUCUAAGGCACUGGGCGACUGCCACAGACAGCGUCCUGAAGCUGGGUCUGCCAUGGAGGGUGCUGCGGCCUCAGCUCGUGAGCAGGACUCAUUAUGGGAUGGUGAACUACCUGCAGUGGAUUAAGGAGCUCUCCAUCACUGAGCCCAAAUUAGAGGUGUCGGAUACCAGUAUCCUGGAGACGAUGUACAAAAACCACUCCAACCUGGAAACCAUCUUCCGUAUCAUAGACACAGAUCACUCAGGGUUGAUCUCUUUUGAGGAGUUUCAUCAGACUUGGAAGCUCCUGAGCUCUCAUCUGAAGAUGGAGAUCAGUGAUAAGGCCAUCACAGACCUGGCUCAGAGCAUGGACUUCAACAAGGACGGCAGCAUCGACAUCAACGAGUUCAUGGAGGCCUUUCGUCUGGUGGACCUCUCCUCACACACCUGAUGAAUGGAAUAACCGGAGCUUUAGGAGUUACUGACACACAGGUGUCUUCUACCUUUUUAAAGCUUUAUGGAAUGUGUUUUUGUACUUUAAAGUUUAUGUCUUGUUAUUAAAUGUUUUGCUGUUAAAUAAAAUAUUUUUCACAUG